AUGUGGUGUGGUAUGAUGAUGAUUUCCGGGGCCGGGUCUUGCCGUGAACAAGAUCCACCUUGUUCUGUUGCCGAUGGCAGCUGCCUUCCCGCUGAAGGCCACGAGCAAUCACAAGAUAAGGCUGACUGCAUAUACACAAACAUUGAUCUACCUCAAACUGAACCACCUUCGCAAUUGUCGUCGCAGUCGCUCGCUUCAUUUGCCCCUCAACACCUGAUCUGCCAACACCCAAAAGAGGCUGCUGCCAUUGAGCAACACAGCUAUCAACCAUGA